AUGCCAGAACGAACUAGAUUAGACAGACCUGCCGGCGGUGCGCGCAGGCACAGGGACCCGCCGCCGACGUCAGGAGGAGAUGGACCGGUGAAACUCAGUAGAAGACGCUUCGUUCAGGCCUCCGCCAUCGCCGCCGCGUCGUCGAUGGCGCCAUUCUCGCCUCUGAUCGCGCCUGCGGCAGCGCAAGAGGCAACCCACGGGCUCUCACUCUUCGGAGACCUCAAGUACGGCCCCGAAUUUGCGCACUUCGACUAUGCCGAGCCGAACGCGCCCAAAGGCGGCGUGCUGCACCUCGCCACAGUCGACACCUUCAGCACGCUCAAUCCCUUCACGCUGAAGGGCGUGAGCGCGGCGGGCGCGGGUCUGCCCUUCGAGAGCCUGCUCGAAGGCUCGGCGGACGAGGCGGAUUCGGCCUACGGCCUGAUUGCCGCCGGCGUCGCGCUCGCGCCCGACCGGCGCAGCGUGCGCUUCCUCCUGCGGCCGGAGGCGCGCUGGCACGACGGCACGCCGAUCACGGCCCGCGAUGUGGCGUUCUCGUUCGAAAUCCUCACGACCGAGGGCCAUCCCGCGUUUGCCAACCAGCUUGCCGGCGUCGACCGGGUCGAGACCGCCGGCGAGCACGACGUCACCUUCCAUCUCGCCGAUCCCGACAACCGCAAGCUGCCGCUGAUCGUGGGCGGGUUGUCCAUCGUCUCCGGGGACUAUUACCGCGAGCACGCCUUCGGCGAGACGACGAUGGAGCCGCCGCUUGGCAGCGGCCCCUACCGCGUCGCCAAGGUCGAUCCGGGCCGCUCGGUCACCUACGGGCGCGUCGCGGAUUAUUGGGGGGCUCAGCUCCCGAACAACGUGGGGCGCUUCAAUUUCGACACCAUUGUCUACGACUAUUAUCGCGACCGAACGGUCCUGGUAGAGGCGUUGAAGGCAGGCGAAUACGACCUCCACGAGGAGUUCACGUCCAAGGUCUGGGCGACGCAGUACGACAUCGCCGCCGUUGAGGAAGGAUGGCUCAUCAAGGACGUGCUGAAGGACAACACGCCCUCAGGCGUGCAGGCAUUCUUCUUCAACACGCGGCUGCCCCAGUUUCAGAACCGCCGCGUGCGCGAGGCCUUCGCCUACGCCUUCGACUUCGAGUGGCUCAACAAGAACCAGUUCUAUGGAAUCUACGACCGCAUGGCGAGCUACUUCGAGAACUCGGAGCUCGCGGCGCGCGGCCCUGCCGUCGGAGGCCGAGCUCGCCCUCCUCGAGCCCCAUCGCGGCGCGGUGCCCGACGAGGUGUUUACCACCGAAUUCGUGCCGCCGAGCACCGAUGGCUCGGGCAAUAA